AUGGGUCACCUUUCGCCCUUCCUAGCUCUGGUUGUUUUGCUGGGCAUCUCGGUGUGUGGGGGUCGCCCCAGGGGCCGUAUUCUCGGGGGCUACGAAGCUCCUCCCCACCUGAAACCCUACAUGGCUUCCCUGCAGGUGGAUGGGAAGCAUGUGUGCGGCGGGUUCCUGAUCGCCGAGCAGUGGGUGCUGAGCGCGGCUCACUGCCUGGAAGACAAGCAAGGCAAGUCGUUCCAGGUCCUCCUGGGAGCCCACUCUCUCUCGCAGCCAGAACCGCACAAGCGCCUUUAUGAGGUGCGCGCGGAGAUUGGCCACCCUGGCAGCAGCACGGAGACCUACGACGACGACCUCCUUCUCCUCCAGCUAGAGGAGAAAGCACUCCUCAACGAGCAUGUGAAGAUCCUGCCCUUCCAGAGGCAAGACAGGGAUGUCCCUGCUGACACCGUGUGCGAAGUGGCCGGCUGGGGUGAAAUGAGCCACAGUGGGAAGCUGCCUGACAAACUGCAGCAGGUGGCGCGUCCGGUGAUCAGCCGGGAGAUCUGCAACCGCAGGAUCCACCACGACAACACCAUCACAGAGAAGAUGAUGUGCACCGACUCCAGGAAGAAGGAUACCUGCCCGGGGGAUUCCGGCGGGCCGCUCGUUUGCAAUGGGAUCGCCGAAGGGGUGGUGGCUGCCGGCUCUCGGGUCUGUGGGAACUACAAGAAGCCCGGAAUCUACACCCGGAUCCCCCCCUACGUCGACUGGAUCGAGAGAGUCAUGGCUUCAGCUAACUGA